CCGAGGAACCGGAAACGACGGUCGGGAAUUGACUAGGAGAGCUGCUUCAGCUCCACGUGCACGAGUCGCUAUGAUGGAAGUCAAAAGGGAAAAAAAAUUCACAGGAAAGGGUACAAAGGCAUUGCAAGGAAAAAACAGAUUUCAUAAAACCAGAGAUUCUAGUUCUUCAAAGGCAUUCCCCCAAAAAGGUAAGGAUAGUGGACCUAAAAUCACAUCUAAGAACUUUGAGAAAAGUGCUACAAAACCUGGGAAAAAGGGUGUGAAACAAUUCAAGAAUAAACAACAAGGGGACAAAGGACCGAAGAACAAAUUUCAGCAGGCAAAUAAAUUCAACAAAAAGAGAAAAUUCCAGCCAGACAAUAAAAGUGAUGAAUCAGCAACUAAGAAACCUAAAUGGGAUGACUUCAAAAAGAAGAAGAAAGAACUGAAGCAGAGCAGGCAGCUCAGUGACAAAACCAACUAUGAUAUUGUUGUUCGAGCAAAGCAGAUUUGGGAGAUCUUAAGAAGAAAAGAUUGUGACAAAGAAAAAAGAGUAAAGUUGAUGAGUGACUUGCAGAAGUUGAUCCAAGGGAAAAUUAAAACUAUUGCUUUUGCACAUGAUUCAACUCGUGUGAUCCAGUGUUACAUUCAGCAUGGUAAUGAAGAACAGAGAAAACAGGCCUUUGAAGAAUUACGAGGUGACUUGGUUGAAUUAAGUAAAGCCAAAUAUUCCAGAAAUAUUGUUAAGAAAUUUCUCAUGUAUGGGAGUAAACCGCAGAUUGCUGAGAUAAUCAGAAGUUUUAAAGGCCAUGUGAGAAAGAUGCUGCGUCACGCAGAAGCAUCUGCCAUUGUGGAGUAUGCAUACAAUGACAAAGCCAUUUUGGAGCAGCGGAACAUGCUGACCGAGGAACUCUAUGGAAAUACAUUUCAGCUUUAUAAGUCAGCAGAUCACCCAACUCUGGACAAAGUAUUGGAGGUACAGCCAGAAAAAUUAGAGCUUAUUAUGGAUGAAAUGAAACAGAUUCUAACUCCAAUGGCCCAAAAAGAAGCUGUGAUUAAGCACUCAUUGGUUCAUAAAGUAUUCUUGGAUUUUUUUACCUACGCACCCCCAAAACUCAGAUCAGAACUGAUUGAAGCCAUCCGCGAAGCAGUGGUAUACUUGGCACACACACAUGAUGGUGCCCGAGUCGCCAUGCACUGUCUGUGGCACGGCACACCCAAGGACAGGAAAGUGAUUGUGAAAACAGUGAAGACUUAUGUUGAAAAGGUGGCUAAUGGACAAUACUCUCAUUUGGUUUUACUGGCUGCAUUUGAUUGUAUUGAUGAUACUAAGCUUGUGAAGCAGAUAAUCAUCUCGGAAAUUAUCAGUUCCUUGCCAAACAUAGUAAAUGACAAAUAUGGAAGGAAGGUCCUUUUGUAUUUACUGAGUCCAAGAGAUCCUGCACAUACAGUACCAGAAAUCAUUGAAGUUCUGCAAAAAGGAGAUGGUAAUGCACACAGUAAGAAAGACACAGAGAUCCGCCGUCGCGAGCUCUUAGAAUCCAUUUCUCCAGCUUUGUUAAGCUACCUGCAAGGACACGCCCAAGAGGUGGUGCUAGAUAAGUCUGCAUGUGUGUUGGUGUCCGAUAUUCUGGGAUCUGCCACUGGAGAUGUUCAGCCUGCCAUGAAUGCCAUCGCCAGCUUGGCGGCAACAGAACUACAUCCUGGUGGCAAGGACGGAGAGCUUCAUGUUGCAGAACAUCCUGCAGGACAUCUAGUUCUGAAAUGGUUAAUAGAACAAGAUAAAAAGAUGAAAGAAAAUGGAAAAGAAGGAUGUUUUGCAAAAACACUGGUAGAACAUGUUGGUAUGAAGAACCUGAAGUCCUGGGCUAGUAUAAAUCGAGGUGCCAUUAUUCUUUCCAGUCUUCUGCAGAGUUCUGACCAAGAAGUUGCAAACAAAGUCAAAGCCGGGCUGAAAAGCCUGAUUCCCACGUUGGAAAAAAACAAAAGUAAAAGCAAAGGAAUAGAAACUCUACUUGAGAAACUGACUACGUAGGUGGAAAGAGUUAAAAACAACAACAACAAUGGAAUCAUUUUUUCCCAUUCUCUGUUCUGUUCUCAGCACAGAAAAGAAUGGCAAGGGUCCACCUUUUUGUAAUUUGGGAGCUCUGUACAUUUGUUUGUUCUUUGUAUAAGAAUAUGUUUAUAUAAAAUUAUUUCUAAAAAUGGUCUUUAUUUUUUAAA